CGCUCUGAAAACCACAACAACAUUUAAAUCACAAUCGGAGCCGGUCUGAGGUGGAGGAGGCUCGGCUGGCUGCGCUGCGGGGGAUGUGCGCACACAAUGGGAGCCGACGCACUGGCACGGUCCGGGACGCGGCGAUAGAAUAAUAUUUACCUCCUCGGUUUGGUUUGUAAUGGAGCCGCGGAUACCGGAGCAGGAUCCCGAGCUGUCAGAGGAGGACUCCCGGAGAUAAAGACUCCAGAGAAGCGUGAGUUUGUUCUCUGGUUUCCACGCCGGGGGUCGGCUCAGUGUUCCCGGACAGAGCUCUGCCGCGGAGCCCCGGGAGAGAGGAGCGGAGGAGGACGCGUCUGCUUCUGCCUGUUUGUUGCAUUUGUUGCCAGUUUGAAUUCCGCCGGGAUGAAGACGGAAUGUGUUUCCUGCGUCAAAGACCGCGCUGUGUGCACAUCUGGAUGAGGGAAAAGUCGGAUUUUAGCGCCGUUUCAUGUGGGAUUUUAACCCCAGUCCACAGAGGAUUAGUUUAGAGAACACAGCAGAAAUCUGAAUUGUGAUUUAGUAAAGAACACAUGGAUCUUCUUCAAAUGGUUUGAUAGAUAAUUAGGUUUAUUUAAAGGGCACUAAAGGAGAGCUGAGGGGGAGAAUCAGUGCUUUCUUUAUCAGGGAUGUACCUUCUUGACAGUAACUGCACUGAAAGGAUGGAGAGGGGCACGCCUCAGAGGAAGACUGUGUACCGGAUCUCCCUCACCUUAGUGAAGAGGGAGAGUUUGGAUGAUGGAGGGUCAGGCCCCCGGCGGGCGGAGAACCCCAAGGUGGGCGCCUUCCGUCGGGAGGGCUCGAUGGAGAUCCAGCGCGGCGGCGGCGGCAGCGGCCUCCUGGAGCAGCUGAAGGAGGUGGAGGACGAGUCGGACGAGCUGUCGGCGUCGCACGGCUACAUGAGGAACUUCAGGACGUUCAGCACGGGGCAGCUGGAGCUGGGGAGGCUGAAGGUGUCCAGGAAACACCACCUGCAGAAGGAGCUGAAGGAAAAGGCCACCAGCCCGUUAGCAGAGCACGGCAAAGAGAGCGCUGCAGCUCAGAGAGAGCAGGAAACAGAGGAUUCAGACGGACUUAAAGAGGAUAUUUGCACUGAAGCUCCACAAACAGACGCUGCUGUGGAGAACGGCAGCGUCAGCAAGAAGAAGAGACUCCUGAAAGCAAAGAGCAUGGAGGAGAGGAGCUGUGAUCCUCCUCUGAACGGAGACGGGAAGAUGCCCCACUCUAAAAGUAACGGGAAAGCAGCCAAAGUUUCCUCCCCGGAGACGCCCCCUCUGAAGCGGCCGCCCGGCCUCCUGCGCCGCAGCUUCAGCUUCAGGCACUGGACGGGCAGCGAGCUGCUGCGACUGCGGGCGCUCUCCAAGGACAAACACCACAGCAGCUCCGGCUGCAUCGGCCGGGACGCCGGGCUGGAUGGCGGCGAGAAGGAGGCCGAGGCCACCGCUGUCGCACUCCCGGCCCCUCGCCACGCCGACCUCACCAGGGAGAAGAGCAGGACUCUGGAGAUCGGAGCCGUCCUCAGCAAGACGGACUCCAUGUCCGAGCUGAGCCGCUGGGAGCGAGCUCGAGGCAACAAGAACCGGACGCUGGACAACAGCGACCUGCUGCGGCUGGCGGCCGAGAAAGACGGGGCGGGAGGAGGGGGGUUCCUGCUGCGGGGAGGGGGAGGCCGCUCCAGUGAGAGGCGUCUGGUCCGAUUCUUCAGCGGCAUCUUCUCCAGGAGAGACGGGGCAUCCACCUCGACGCCGGUGGGAAGCCCCAGCACCAACCGAUCCCUGCGGCGGAGCAGGAGGACGGCGCUGUCCCAGUCCAGCACCGAGAGCAUGAACGGAGGAAGCACUGAUGAUGCGUUUGUGAACAGUCAGGAGUGGACGCUGAGUCGAACGGUACCAGAACUCAAAGUGGGCAUUGUGGGUAACCUGGCCAGUGGUAAGUCAGCGCUGGUCCACAGGUACCUGACAGGAACGUACGUCCAGGAGGAGUCGCCUGAAGCUGACGUGGAUGCAGGUGGUCGAUUUAAGAAGGAGAUCGUGGUCGACGGUCAGAGUCACCUGCUGCUCAUCAGAGAUGAAGGAGGCCCCCCGGAGGCUCAGUUUGCUCUGUGGGUGGACGCCGUGAUCUUCGUCUUCAGUCUGGAGGACGAGAUCAGCUUCCAGACGGUCUAUCACUACUUCAGCCGCCUCGCCAACUACAGGAACACCGCCGACCUGCCGCUGGUCCUGGUCGGCACGCAAGACGCCAUCAGCUCAGCGAACCCCCGAGUGAUCGACGACAGCCGGGCCAGGAAACUGUCCAACGACCUCAAACGCUGCACCUACUACGAAACCUGCGCCACCUACGGCCUGAACGUGGAGCGAGUCUUCCAGGACGUUGCCCAGAAGAUCGUUGCCACCAGGAAGAAGCAGCAGUUGUCCAUCGGGCCGUGCAAGUCGCUCCCCAACUCGCCGAGUCACUCGUCCGUCUGCUCCACGCAAGUGUCGGCCGUCCACAUCAGCCAGACGAGUAACGGCGGCGGCAGUUUGAGCGACUAUUCGUCGUCGGUGCCGUCCACGCCGAGCACCAGCCAGAAGGAGCUCCGCAUCGACGUACCGCAGACCACCAACACGCCCACACCUGUCCGAAAGCAGUCCAAGCGCCGGUCCAACCUCUUCACCUCGAGGAAGGCGAGCGAGACGGACAAGGACAAGAAGGGCCUGGAGGCUCGAGCCGACAGCAUCGGCAGCGGGCGAGCCAUCCCCAUCAAACAGGGCAUGCUGCUGAAGAGGAGCGGCAAAUCCCUCAACAAGGAGUGGAAGAAGAAAUACGUGACGCUGUGUGACAACGGACUGCUCACCUACCACCCCAGCCUGCAUGACUACAUGCAGAACGUCCACGGUAAGGAGAUCGACCUGCUCAGGACCACGGUGAAGGUGCCGGGGAAGAGGCCGCCUCGCGCCGUGUCCACCUGCGCCACCGCCGCCAUGCCGAGUCCAAAAACCAACGGGCUGACGAAGGACAUGAGCAGCCUGCAGCUCGGACAGAAUCCAGGUUCGGUGACCAGCAGCUCGUCGGUAUCUCAGAUGGCGAGCGGCGUCAGCCUGGUGUCCUUCAACAGCCGCGGCAUGGAGGGGAUGCACCAGCGCUCGUACUCUGUCUCCAGCGCCGACCAGUGGACCGACGCCACCGUCAUCGCCAACUCCGGAGUCAGCACGGACACUGGUCUCGGAGACUCGGUCUGUUCCAGUCCCAGUAUCUCCAGCACCACCAGUCCAAAGAUGGAGCCGCCGCCAUCGCCGCACGCCAACCGAAAGAAGCACCGCAGGAAGAAGAGCACCAGCAACUUCAAAGCCGACGGCCUCUCUGGUACUGCGGAAGAACAAGAGGAGAACUUUGAGUUCACCAUCGUGUCGCUGACGGGGCAGACGUGGCAUUUCGAGGCCACUUCGUACGAGGAGCGAGACGCCUGGGUUCAGGUGAUCGAGAGCCAGAUCCUGGCCAGUCUGCAGUCCUGUGAGAGCAGCAAGAACAAGUCUCGUCUGACCAGCCAGACGGAGGCGAUGGCUCUGCAGUCCAUCAGAAGUAUUCGAGGAAACGGCCACUGUGCCGACUGUGAAGCUCAGAACCCGGACUGGGCCAGUCUGAACCUCGGCGCCCUGAUCUGCAUCGAGUGCUCGGGCAUCCACAGGAACCUGGGCACCCACCUGUCCAGGGUUCGCUCUCUGGACCUGGACGAGUGGCCACUGGAGCUCAUCAAGGUCAUGUCGGCCAUCGGCAACGAGCUCGCCAACGGCGUGUGGGAGGCCAACGCUCAGGGACGCCUCAAACCCGGACCUGACGCCAGCAGGGAGGAGAGGGAGCGCUGGAUCCGGGCGAAGUACGAGCAGCGUCUGUUCCUGGCGUCGCUGCCCUGCACCGACCUCUCUCUGGGCCAGCAGCUGCUGAGGGCGACGGCCGAGGAGGACCUGCGCGCCGUCGUCCUGCUGCUCGCACACGGGUCGCGGCAGCAGGUCAACGAGACCUGCGGCGAGGGAGACGGACGCAACGCGCUGCACCUCGCCAGCCGCAAGGGCAACGUGGUCAUCACACAGCUCCUCAUCUGGUACGGCGUGGAUCUGAUGGCGAGGGACGCCCACGGUAACAGUGCGAUGGCGUACGCCCGCCAGGCCAACAGUCAGGAGUGCGUGGACACGCUGGCUCAGUACGGCUGCCCCGACGAGCGCUUCCCGCUCAUGGCCACGCCCAACCUGUCGCGCCGCAACACCAACCGCAACAACAGCUGCAGCAGCGUUGGGAGCACCGCGCUCAUAUGACCGCCACACCUAACCACGGGGCUUGGACGCCCCGACCUGGGAGAAUCCUGAACUUUUAUUUUGGGAACCACUACCUGUUGUGACUCUUUAAGCCCCGCCCACCUCACCUGACAACCGCCACUGCCCUGACGGCUCGUUAAGACUGAUUAAAACUGACCAGUGGUGAAGCUGCCUACAUGUGUCUGUUUGGGAGAGCCCUCAAGGGGGGGGACCCAAAGCAUGCUGGGAAAUGUGGUCCACAAUCAAGAGACAUCAACGGCUCAUUAGAGAGCUUUUUGGGAAAUAAUCACAUGACUCGUGACGGCCAAUAAGGGCACAGUCUGAAGCUCUACGGACAUCAUACCUCAUCACUCACUAACCUAACACUAACACGGCCAGUUCCCGCUCAAACUCCUCAAAGGACUCGUCCAGCAUCACUCUGCUUUUUUUACCCAGCGGCCAAUCAGAAUCCACGCCCUCCUUCCCGCCAAAAACAUAUCGUCUUCUGUCUGAGAUAAAGAAAACUGUGAGAUGAAAAUAUCACGAGUCAACGUAGCCACAAACACUCAAAGGCACCAGAUCAUCGUCUUCACCUCUGUGUUUUGUUUGAUGAACUCUCCUGCCUUUACACGUCUUUUUUUUAAUGUGAAAAAUAUCUCGAUGUAAAACUUUUAAACAGCUAUCAGAUCAAUUCUUAGAGGUAAAAAAAGUGAUAGAUCGCAUGUCCUAGACACUUUUCUUUUGCUUUUUUAAUUUUAAUUUAAGGCAUUUUCCUGGAUUGUGUAUAUUGUAUCUCGAUGUGCAUUGCUGGACCAAUGGUUGAAAAUGUCAACACGGGGAAGGGGAUUUUACAUUUGUUUGUUUUCGGGUGUAUAAAGUCAUUAAGUGUACAGAAGCUCUUGCCAGGCUCAGGGACCGGAGACUGUCGAUCAUCAACGCCCCGUCGUCUUUUCCCUCUGAGUCCUUACACCAGGAGUUCAGGGUUAACUUGGUUUUACUUUAGUCACUUCAGGAUUUAACACCAACAACAGACUUUGUAGUUCAUUUUUUUGGGCAUUUUUGCUUAAAAAUUGACCUAAAAGAUAAAUCAAAAUGGCUUCGUAUUAAUUUCCUGUUGAUCAAGUCCAUACAUUUUUCUUAUGACAAAAAACGUCCCUGAACUGACUGAAUUGAGAGCAUCUUAAACCUGAACCUGUUUUACAUCCUGGUUCGAACAACAUUUGAUUUAAACAGUCCCUGAACUUUUAUCGUUAUAACUCGUAAAAAUGGAAAAGACAAGGAAGCAGCUAAGAAGCAAACAGUCACACGGAGCAAAAAGGGAAUCAAUCUGCUUCUUCUCGAUCAGGUGUUUUGUCUUUAAAUCUGUGAGUUCGGUUUAAAGAGGAGACGAGAGGAGACGAGCUACUUCACGUUUAAACUCUCCUGUAAAUGUGUGAAUUUAGAUAUGAAAACUGAAAACUCACAAUUUGGUCACAAAAAUAAUGUUUGUGUGUGUAAAGAUUUAUCUGUGAGAACUUUUGACUGAGAUCGCAGCAAAUCCCUCAUCAUCACCCUCUCAUGUGUCUCGUCCAAUCAGACAGUCUGCCUGAUCUGCUCAGCGAAUCACAAAGAAGGGCUUCUUCUUCUUCUUCUUCUUCUUGACUUUGAACCUUUUACUUGUAAAUAACCUCCUCUCUCUCUCUGUCACUUUCAACAGUGACGUCAUGUAAAUUAGAGAAACAGGAGAUGUACUUACUGUAUUGUCGGUAUGUCAGGUUGCGGAGUGGAAGUGAUUUAUUCUAAUGUGAGACAAAAAAAAACAAAAAAACAAAAAAAAACACACAUCCGCAUUGACUGAAUGUUGAGUGUUUAGGCUCAGUGUUUUGUGCUGAUCCAUCCAGGGCAGGAGGUUCUGCAGGUAACCAGGCAUCUGAACCAGUGGUCCCCAACCUGGAAAUCAGUCCCCCAAGGUAAAUUUGAAACAUGAUCUUCUUGCUGUAUGUAAGCAGGCGUUUAUCAAUAUUACAUUCAGAUUUUUUGUCUUUUUCGUUCCAGAUGAGACAGUUAAAAGCUCAGGAAAGCUACAGCCCCUAACCCUAGACCAGUCCAGUCCAGUCUGAAACAAGCUCAAGUCCAGGCAGGUUUGAGAUCCAGUCACGAGUCCAGAUACAAUAAGGUUUGAGUCGAUAACUUGUCCAAAUGUAAACAAGUCAAUGUUGAGUUUAAAUUGACAGACUGAGUCCAAAUAUUCAUGAGACAAAGUCAAAAUGGUGCCUAUCAGAUAUUCCUCAUACUGUUUCCUUACUUCUGUGCAUGGUAAAAGUCAACUUUGAUAGAACCUCAGUCACUCAGUAAACCUUUAUAUACCUGCACCUGUGAACUGACGGACUCUGAUCGGACACUAAGACAAAGUUCAAACUGCUCAGAUGUUCAGGGCUGCAUUCUCUGCUGGUAGAUCACUGGAUGAUUUCCCCUCAUACACAGUACACUUAGACAUCAGGGUUAGGCGUCCAUCUUUAGAGCUUAGAAAAGGUUGGGGACCUCCGGUUUGAAGAUCCACUUGAAUGAAUCGUGAAUGUUGCAAGUUAAUUUCAGGUGUUGUCACAAAGAAAGACAAACCUUUCUCACCCUGGUGACAUUGACUGAGUUUUUUUAGUAGCUGGAUGUGAAACGUGUCGACUGAACGCUGUCUGAUCAGGAUUGUCGUGAUAGAAGCUCCUUAACCCCGACGCUGUUUGAUGAUUUUUACUUUCAACACUAUGCUGAGCAUCAGCUGCUCGUCUCUUCAUCUUCGUCCUCCUCACUGUUUCGUCCUCAGAUUUUAACGUAGAGGUUUCUGCUUAGGCUGAGGAGCUGCUCUCAACUCGACUGUGUAUCCAAGCAAUAUUCAUAACACAUCAGCCGCUGUCGCAUCGUAACUUCACACACUGAUGUUGCUGCAAUAUUUCCAUUAAACCACAAACACUCUGCCUGUUUGUUGAAGUGUAUGAAACACAAACACUAAAUGUUCCUCCUUAUGCCUUUUUCGUUAACACACCUGCCUUUACGUCCCUGAUAUCGUCCAACAUUUUUCCUUUAUGUGCCACGCCCCGUUUCCCCUACAAGCCACCUCAAAGAUGGCGGCGGAUCUCCCAUAAAUACUAACCCAAUGGGCUGAACUCGUUUUGAAGUGUUUUAUUUUGUGUUUUUAUAUUCGACUCGUCCCAGUGUCUGUCCUGAUCUGGGACAGAAUAACAGGACAAAGACGUCCUUUUUAUUUAUGACAGAAAUGCACUAAAUCUGAUUCAGUCCGUCUUAACCCCAACUCUUUCCACUACAACUUUUUUUUCUUACGAUGGCGUUUUUCUAAGCGGUGGCAGUUUCCUCUCAAUUGAUUUAUGCUCUUAAAGCGUCAAAGUACACAGGAGCAGAGAAUGAUAAUAUUUCAGGCACCGUGGGAUUUUAGCUCACUAGCAAACAUUUCCCCAUAAAAUUCCAUUAAACUACUUUGUGUUUUCAUUCUGAAAAAAUGGAAAAUAUCUUUGCAGUAGUAGCAUUAUGUAAUACAACCUUUUUUUCUUUACUGCUAAGACAUAAACACCUAGCAUCUGUUAGCUAAACUCAGCUAACACAAAGUUUUGUGGACUGUUUCUCUUGUUUUAAUAGGGUCAAUAAUAUGAAACCAGUCUGUUUACUUAGUCUCAUUGCAGCAGAGAAAACUGAAUAAACUGUUUUUAACUGCUGACAUCUGUCACUGAAGCUAACAGCAGCUAGCUUAAAAACACUUAGCAUAGUAUAGUUUCAGCUUGAGAGCAAACUUAACUACUUUCCUCUGAAGUUGUUGUUUCCGUAAACAUGAAAUCAAGUACGAAAAAGUGGAAAAUGUUUAGAGACUAGAAACAUCCUGUGAAGCUACAACCGCAGCUAGCCUCCGUUCGCUGAGUUUAGCUAACGGAAGGUGCACAAUAAUGCGCUUGCUGAAUCUACUUCAGUACAUCCUCUCUCUCCGCUAUGUUUUUUGUUUUUUAUUUGGUCGUUUUAGCAUUAGCUAACAUUUUCUCUAAAGUGAUUUGUACUCUUGGGAAUCCUGUUAAUUUAAUCUCAUCGCAGCAGAGAAAACUCGUUAGCAUGGUUGCAGUCAAACUUUACUACUGUCCCCUACUGCCCUUUGUUUUUCGCAACAUGAAACCAAACAUGACAGGAAAUGUUUGGAAACGUUACAAGAAUAACAUCCUGUGAAGCUCCAGUUGCAGUUAGCGUCUGUUAGCUAACGGACAGUAGCGUGGCGCAGUAUAUAUUUAGCGUUGUUAGCUUUAGAUUAGAACGACUGAAGCUGCCUGCUUGUAAAUAAAUCACGUCUGUUUCUGAAGACGCUGGGAAAACGAGGAAACUGCGUCAGCGCUAACAGCGCAGCUCGUCACCGUCCUCGCCACCUCACCUGUACAUAGACUUCAAACAACAAAACGAAGAAAAAAAAUGACUCCGUAUGGUCAACGUUUGGUUUGUCUGGUUGUGUUACCUCAUGUAGCCUUUACCCCCUAAGCUCCACCCAUCAGGGCUGCCCAUGACAUUAUUUAUAAACUCACCUACCGAGGAAGACUCCGCCCGUUCAAACCUACGUUUUUGUAUAUUUUUCUCCGACCUCUCCAGUCCAUCCAUGUUUUAUUAUUAUUGUUAUGAUUUAUCAUCCAGACACAUUAUUGUUCCUUAUUGUCAUUCUAAUUAUUAUUAUUAUUAUUAUUAUUGUAUUGAGUUUUGUUGGCUGUACAGUACCGUUGUUGAAAAAUUUUACCUAAUACAGAGUCUUCUACUGUAAUGUGUCUCUUUUCAAUAAAGACAAGAAUAAUGCUUCUUAAUAUAA